ACCAAAUAUACCUCUGUGACAAGGUUUAGUUUUGUUUGCAGUUAUUUGAAAGUUGAUUAAAUAAUGAAGGUGAAGGUUUAUUUUAUAAUUAAUCAAAAAAUAAAAUCAAAGUUCAUUGGUUGAUUUUAACUGAUACAAGAGUCCUGGGGUCACAUCUGCAAUUAUUCUAAAAAGAGAAACCUUGCCCUAGGUUUAUAAACUCGACGGAAAAAUCAACUGAAGGUAAAGGCUUUCAAUCAUUCAGCUCCGCCGUCGCCAUUUUGCUUCAUUUUUCUCCGAGAAAAAUGGCGUACGCCGCUAUGAAGCCGACCAAGCCGGGGCUCGAGGAGCCUCAAGAGCAGCUUCACAAGAUCCGCAUCACUCUCUCCUCGAAGAAUGUGAAAAAUCUCGAGAAAGUUUGUGCUGACCUGGUACGUGGUGCCAAGGACAAGAGACUCAGGGUGAAAGGUCCAGUGAGAAUGCCGACCAAAGUUCUUCAUAUUACUACCCGGAAAUCUCCUUGUGGUGAAGGUACUAAUACAUGGGAUAGGUUUGAGCUACGAGUACACAAGCGUGUGAUCGACCUAUUUAGCUCCCCAGAUGUGGUGAAGCAAAUAACUUCAAUCACCAUUGAACCAGGUGUUGAAGUCGAAGUUACCAUUGCCGAUUCCUAGAUAUCGGUUGCCUUUUUAUUGUAUGUCUGUUUCCUGGCUAAUUUGAAGACUUAGUUUAUUUGAUUUUGGCUGUUGUUCUAGGAUUUUGAAUAUUUCCAAUCUGAGGUAAUGAAUCUUUUGAACUUAGUUGGACCUUGUAACAAGUUCGUGAAAGAAUUCCGAGAAAAGGAUGUAGGUAAUUUUGUUUGUUAUAUAUUAUUGUUUUUGUAAUAUUUCUUGACCAUUACAAGUUACUAGUGUCUUCACCCGUAUGCCUUUUAAUCAAACACUGUAAUAUAAAAAGAUAAAACUUUCUCAAAAUCAUAUAUAUAUAUAUAUUUUUU